AUGUCCCUUUCCAACAACACCAUCUUCAUGCCCUCUGUGUUGACCCUACUAGGGAUCCCGGGCCUCGAGUCAGUGCAGUGCUGGAUUGGGAUUCCAUUCUGUGCCAUGUACCUCAUUGCUCUGGUCGGAAAUUCCUUACUUCUGCUGGUCAUCAAAUCAGAGCGCAGCCUCCACGAGCCCAUGUACAUUUUCUUAGGCAUGUUAGGGGUCACGGACAUUGCACUUGCUACCUGCAUUGUGCCCAAGAUGCUUGGGAUCUUCUGGUUUCAUGUGCCCGAGAUUUAUUUUGACUCCUGCUUGCUUCAGAUGUGGCUCAUCCACACAUUUCAGGGCAUAGAGUCAGGAAUUCUGCUGGCCAUGGCCCUGGACCGAUACGUGGCCAUUUGUUAUCCACUGAGGCAUUCUGCUAUCUUCACCCACCAGCUAGUCACCCAAAUUGGGGUUGUGGUAGUCCUCAGGCCUGCUGUUCUAGUAGCUCCGUUUUUGGUAAUGAUUAAGUGCCGAUUAUGGUUUUAUCACACGACAGUCAUCUCCCACACCUACUGUGAGCACAUGGCCCUUGUGAAAGUAGCUGCAGGAAAUGUCCAAGUCAACAAAAUCUUUGGGUUGUUUGUGGCCUUCACUGUUGCAGGCGUUGACCUCAUAUUAAUCAUAUUGUCUUAUUUCCUGAUAUUCGUCACAGUUUUUCGUUUGCCCCAGAAGGAGGCUCGGUUGAAAGCAUUCAACACUUGCAUUGCCCACAUUUGUGUCUUCCUCCAGUUCUACAUUCUUGCCUUCUUUUCUUUCUUCACACAUCGGUUUGGCUCUCACAUCCCUCCUUACAUCCACAUCCUCUUUUCUAGCAUCUACUUGUUGGUGCCUCCAUUUCUCAAUCCACUUGUCUAUGGUGCAAAGACCAAGCAGAUCCGCAUUCACUUAGUAAAAAUGUUAUGCUCAUAA